UUCAUAAAAAGACUGCGCUAGUAUCAGAGUGUGCAAAACUGCCGCAAGGAGAAGUUGCUUGGCAAUCUGUGUGUAAUGUCGUUUAUCGAUGACGUGUAUCAUGGCAGUGUAGUGUCCGAUGUUUUUGAUGUUAGGGAAAUAUAAUAAAAAUGAACAAUAGUAAUACAAUGGCAAGAAUAAGUUUAGUGUGGUUAUUAUAUGUGUUGUGCACACUUCAAUGUAGCUGGGCCUUUUAUUUGCCAGGCUUAGCGCCUGUCAAUUAUUGUAAGGCUGAAGAUGUUUCAGAAACGUGCAAAAAAGACGUUAAGCUGUAUGUAAAUCGCUUAAACACAGAGAAAUAUGUAAUUCCAUACGAAUAUUAUCACUUUGAUUUUUGUCCUUCUGAAGAAAGUCAAAGCCCUGUUGAAAAUUUAGGACAGGUUGUUUUUGGAGAACGUAUAAGACCUUCUCCUUAUAAGAUAGAAUUUUUAAAAAAUGAAACAUGCGUACGAGCAUGUACAAAAAUAUACAAAGGUGGAAAUAAAGAAUUAGAAAAAAAGUUAGAAUUUUUAAAAAAAGGAAUGGGACUGAACUAUCAACAUCAUUGGAUAGUUGAUAAUAUGCCAGUUACCUGGUGUUAUCAAUUAGAAGAUGAACGACAAUAUUGUAGCACUGGAUUUCCAAUGGGGUGCUUUUCUCGAGAACCAAGAUCACAACAGGAUACCUGUAGCAUUAUAGGGGCUUAUAACAAGCCAAAAACCUACUACCUGUUCAAUCAUGUAGACCUUACAAUUACAUACCAUAGUGGUGCUGAAGAAGAAUGGGGAUCUGCAUUUAAAGAAAAUGGCGGACGAAUCAUUUCUGUUAAGGUGGUUCCUCGCAGUAUUAAGCACGGUAAUGUCCCUAAUUGCGAAAGUAAACAACCCUUAGAAAUACCGUAUGAUCCACUUCCUGCUGGUCAACAAUUAGCUGUCACCUACACAUAUUCCAUUACAUUCAAUGAAAAUAGAACGAUUAAAUGGUCAUCCAGAUGGGAUUACAUUUUGGAGUCUAUGCCACAUACAAAUAUUCAGUGGUUCAGUAUACUUAAUUCAUUGAUAAUUGUUUUAUUCCUGUCUGGUAUGGUGGCGAUGAUAAUGCUUCGGACAUUACACAAAGAUAUUGCAAGAUAUAAUCAGAUAGAAUCAGGAGAAGACGCACAGGAAGAGUUUGGUUGGAAAUUGGUCCACGGUGAUGUAUUUCGACCUCCUCGCAAGGGAAUGCUACUUUCCGUUUUAUUUGGUUCCGGUGUACAAGUAUUUUGGAUGACUCUUGUAACACUUGCAUUCGCUUGCUUGGGAUUCCUGUCUCCGGCUAACAGAGGAGCAUUAAUGACUUGUGCCAUGGUCUUGUACGUUUGUCUCGGAAUAAUUGCCGGUUAUGCGUCUGCUAGAAUAUACAAAAGCUUCGGUGGUGAAAAAUGGAAAUCAAACAUAUUGCUUACAUCCAUGUUGAGUCCUGGAAUCGUGUUUAGCUUAUUCUUUAUAAUGAACUUGAUUUUCUGGGCAAAUGGAAGUUCGGCCGCUGUUCCAUUUAGUACUCUUAUCGCUCUUCUAGCUCUUUGGUUCGGAGUAUCGCUUCCACUGACAUUCGUUGGUGCUUAUUUCGGCUUUAGAAAAAGGUCCUUGGAGCAUCCCGUAAGAACCAAUCAAAUUCCCAGACAAAUACCAGAACAAAGUUUUUAUACGCAACCAAUACCCGGUGUUAUAAUGGGUGGAGUUUUACCAUUUGGGUGUAUAUUUAUACAAUUAUUUUUUAUACUUAAUUCUCUAUGGUCGAGCCAAGUAUAUUAUAUGUUUGGAUUUCUUUUCUUGGUAUUUGUUAUUCUCGUUAUCACAUGUUCAGAAACGACGAUUUUACUUUGCUAUUUCCAUCUUUGCGCGGAGGAUUACCAUUGGUGGUGGCGUAGUUUCCUGACAUCCGGCUUUACUGCUUUUUAUUUAUUAGUUUACUGUAUACAUUUCUUCAUGACUAAGCUGGACAUAGAAGACGCUACGUCUACGUUCCUCUAUUUUGGCUAUACUUGCAUAAUGGUUUACUUAUUCUUCCUUCUGACAGGUUCGAUCGGUUUCUUCGCCUGCUUUUGGUUCGUGCGCAAAAUUUACAGCGUCGUCAAAGUCGAUUAAUGUAUCAGCAAGUGAUACUUAUUGAAACAGAGUGAAUAUGAUAUGAGUAAAUUAUAACAAAGACGAAUGAUAGUUGUGUGACCAUUAAACUCUUUUUAUGCACGAGUAUCUUACUUUAAAGAAAGUCAACAAUUUUGUCUUCAUCUCUUCAAAUUUUGAUUAGUAUGAUUCAGGAUUAAAUUACUAUUCACUAUCCUUUACAGGUUCCUAUAAGAUAUUAAAAAGCGACGAUUUAACAAACAUUUGUACAGAAGCUUGUUUUAAUUCAUAUACGUUCUAAAACUUGUAGGAUAACGUGAUGCGGCAAAUGAUUAAUUUUCCACAUACGUACAUAAAAAAUCUCGAAUUAAUUUCAUUAAUCAUUUGCUUUGAUACCUGAAAACGACGUAUGAAUUGAUUGAUACAGUCUCACCGUUGAAACAUUCUCAAGUACGAGUCCUUUUGAUAAUAUGGUAGACGUAUCAAAGUUACAAGGAUACGUUUAUACAUGUUACAAACGAAUUAUGUAAUCCAGAUGUAACGUCUAAUUGAUAAGGAUAUUGUAUAUCAUAAGCGCGUAAUUGAAAAUACCAGUCUACAAUGUAAAUAAGAAAACAUUUUUUGUCGUGUAUUCAAGUCGCCAAGUAUUUCAUAAAUUUCUGGAUUAUAAAUUGUAAUUGUAACGUAUAUACACAUUUUCUACCAUGUUCAUGAGAAUGAAUCCUUUGUAGUCUGGUACUUUUGGCAUUAUUUUGUAAACUGAAUGUAUCGUGAUAUGCCAGAACAGUCAUUUACAAUCGUGCGUAGAAUCUCUAUUCGAAGAUAUAUUAUUUAAAAUCGAACUCAGUCGCAUGAAGAAAUUGCGAUGGACCACAAAGGAUACAUUUCUUCGAGUCUCAGAGACGUUAUGAAUUAUAAUUUCUUUUCUAAACUGUGGCUUGUAGGUGUAAAAAAAAAAUUUAUUUCCUCGCGUGAUACUUGUGAAAAAAAUAUUAAAACGUGUACAUUAUGUUACCAAGUCUUAAUUUGAAAUAUGGAAAAGUAUUUCUCGAAAGUAACGUCAGUAAGUUUAAUUUAAUAGCAGAAAAAUACAUAGUGUACAAACUGGUCAUUAAUUCCAAUGGCGAACUUGAAAGUUUCGUUCUCUUUUCAUUCUUUUUUUCUACUAAUAGUAUUUGUGACUGUGAAAUAUUUUUUAAUUAAUAGCUGACAUGCACACAUCUUGUAAUUCGUGAAUUUUGUAAAUUAAAACAAUUACAACGUUAGCGUUAAUAAUGUUAAUAUAAAUAAAGAUCGAGUAAGUUUACGUA